AGUGGCGGGAGGCAAGAUGUCGGCGGGGAAAGAUAAGAAGAACAGUUAUGGCGCGCUCACACCGGCAGCCAAGAGAAUACAGAAGGAAUUAGCAGAAAUUAGUUUGGAUCCCCCGUGCAAUUGUUCCGCAGGGCCCAAGGGUGAGAACCUCUUCGAGUGGGUAUCAACUAUCAUGGGACCGGCAAACUCACCAUAUGCAGGCGGAGUUUUCUUCUUAGACAUUAACUUCUCUCAAGACUAUCCCUUCAAGCCCCCCAAGAUUACCUUUAGGACGAAAAUUUACCAUUGCAACAUCAAUAGCGCAGGAGCAAUCUGCUUAGACAUCUUGAAAGAUAACUGGAGCCCAGCAUUGACGAUUUCCAAGGUCCUUCUCUCGAUCUGCUCUCUGCUCACGGACGCGAACCCCAACGAUCCUCUUGUGGGAAACAUAGCGCAGCAGUACCUGUCAGACAGGGAGGAACACGAUAAGAUAGCUGCAGAGUGGACGAAGAAAUAUGCAACGUGACAGAGACGUGGAGGCGAAAGACGGACAGACGAAUGUGUCUUCGACGACAAAACUCUUUUCAUUCAAGACAAGUCUAGAUCAAUAAUUAACGGCAGGCAAACUUC